AUGUCAUUUGAUUUUGACGCUCUGCACCAUUUCGAAAUCUCCCAGGACCAAUACAAUGGCGAUUCAUGGCCCGACGAUGCGUGGCCAGAUGAACUGGUCACCUUGAACGAUGUCAACCCUGCCGAUCUAUCACAUCUGGACCCUAAUUUCGAUCUCCUCUGGUCCCAAAUAAAUGAAGAUGGUCUUUACUCCACAGUUGGUUCUUCUGAACUCCCAUCUCUCUACGCACCGACCUCCUUGGCUCCUCCAUCAGAAGCCAGUUUACAACCCUGGAAGCCUUCCGAUAUCUAUGAAAUAGGCUACCAAGACAAUAAUGGUGACUGGCGCUGUAACUACUCCGGAUGCCUCUCUAAUCACGUCUUUCUGCGGGCCUGCGACCUACGAAAGCAUUACCGUUCCCAUCAGAAAACUUACUUCUGCGAGGAACAGGACUGUGAGUGGUCGAAAAUCGGGUUCUCGUCGAGUAAGGAUUGUCAACGGCAUAUGCGGUCUCAUCGGCCGAUGAUCAAAUGCUCUGCGGCAGAAUCACUGGGUUGUGAGCGGGUGUUCAGUCGAAUUGUGCUAAUUUAUGAAGAUAAUAUGGUCUUGACCGGCAUACUAAUGGGAUCGAUUACGGAUCCACAGAAAGAUCAUUAUCGCAAGAUCCAUGAGUCUUCGCAGAAUAAUGUGUCUCGUCUUUGCAGGCCCAGUACCAGAAAGAAAGACGAUGUCUCUAAGUCAUCCGAGCUGGAUGCUGCAUGA